AAUAACCUCACAAUGAGAAUCAUGGCAAUAGACCGAGUACCUAACACACAAACUUAAUUAUUUGCGUUAAUGGGUGGAACGAUUCAUAUCUACAGAAAAUAGAUAUAAAAUGUAAACUAAUACAAACUAGUGUGAAAAAAACAACACAUUCAAGUAGCAUCAUGUAUCGAACACGUUCAUUGCUGGUAGACAUAAUAUAUAAAUGGAUAUCACGACGCCGUCGGACAUAAAACUUCUAGAAGACAAAGGGUUUCAACUGGAGAAAGUGAUAGGAGACGGAUGCUACUCUAAAGUUUUCAAGGCGGUUCACAUUGCACGAGGCAGCAAAACUCCAGUAGCACUGGCCUGUAAAGUUAUCGACACUUCAACGGCGGCUCGAGAUUACAAGACCAAAUUUCUCCCGCGCGAGCUAGACAUCCUCAUCCGUGUCAACCACCCCCACAUCAUACCAGUCAAUGGCAUCUUCCAGCGACAAACAAAGUUCUUCAUAUUCAUGCGACUAGGCGACAACGGUGAUCUAUACGACUUCGUGUCAAAAAAUGGUCGUGUGCCAGAGAAACAGAGCAGAUUGUGGACGAGACAGAUCGUAUCCGCUAUCAACUACAUCCAUACUCUAAACAUCGCGCAUAGAGACUUGAAAUGCGAGAAUAUCCUGAUUACUGGGAAUUUCAACGUGAAGUUAACAGACUUUGGUUUCGCGCGUACCGUGGUUAAGAGAGGCAUUGAGAUCAUGUCGGAGACGUACUGUGGCACGCUUUCGUACGCGGCUCCAGAGAUACUUAAAGGCAUUCCGUACCAUCCUAAAAUGUCUGAUAUGUGGUCUGUGGGUAUUAUUAUCUACACCAUGCUGAAUCAGGCCCUGCCUUUUAAGGAGAACACUGUUCAUGAGUUGUAUGAGAAACAGGUUAAGAAGCAGUGGCGGUUUCGCUCAUGCGUGGUGAACGAGUUGUCUCCAGAAUGCAAGGACCAGGUGACGCAGUUGAUGGAGCCCGACGCGAAGGCGCGGCCCACCGCUGCCAACGUAUUCAAAGGGGCGUGGAUCUCUAUGGACCAGCGCGUCGCCAAAUUAACUCAUCUGGAAGAAACUCUGCUUAAAAAAGCUGCCGCUUUCGAGAAGCGAUUGAAACUGGAUGAAGAUAAUAUAUCACGGACAAUUGACUCGAUAAGCCUUGCCUCGGCUGGUAGAAAUCCGAGGAGUAAGCAAGGAUUAAAUACAUUGAAAAGUACCACUACGAUAGCAUCAAUGAAAGAAACAUCAAUACCGCAUUUCAGCGAUUUACGAUAGGUAUAUAACUAAAGGCUUCACUCAUGGCGAAGAUACUAAUACCUAUAUCUAUCUACGAGUACCUAUCUAAUACCACAGAAUAAAUAAUAGUACUAGGUACAGAAGACUCUCUAACAAAAUGCGUCUGUUACGAUCAGGAGAGAUAUGGCCGCUAGGUGGCGACAGCGCCACGAGCGGCUUAUGGCUAGCCACCAAAAUUGGUGUGGAACGGAUGUACUUUUAGCUACUUAUCUGUAGCAAAGCAACGAAAUCGCGGAGCGAGCCACGCCUGCUAAUACCUUUAAACGAGCAAUUCUAGUUUAUUUAUUUAUAUGUAUAUCUAUCUAUAUAUAUAAAUGCAAGUGUCCUGACUGACUGACUGAUUCAUCAACGCAGAGCCGAAACUACAAAAGAUAGAAAGUUGAAAUUUGCACACCAGAUUACAUUUAUAAAGUGUACGAGAGAUAAGAAGCGAUUUUGAGAAAUUCAACCCCUAAGGGGGUUAAAAUGGGGAUGAAAGUUUGUAUGGGGUUCAAGUUUUAUUUUAAGCUACGAAUUUGAAACUUCGUAAAAAGGUAUAUUAUUAAAAUACAAGAAAGCUAAUUUCAGCGUUUUUGAAAAUUCAUCCCCUAAGGUGGUGAAAAAGAGGUUGAAAGUUUGUAUGGAUAUCAAAAAACAAUUUCGAACGCGGGACUUGAAUCUUUGUAUUUGGGGAUAUUAUUAAAAGACAAGAAAAGUGAUUUCAGCGUUUUGUAAAAUUCAUCCCCUAACAGGGUUAAAAAGGGGUUGAAAGCUUGAAUCCAUUACGAAUGCUUUGAAACUUCUUAGAAAGGCGUAAUAGCUGAGUACAAAAAAAAGUGAUUGCUACGCUUUUGGAAAUUCAACCCCUACGGGGGUUAAAAAGGGGAUGAAGGUUCGUCUUGGGGUGUAAAUUUUAUUUUAAUCUAGGAACUUGAAACUUUGCAAAAAGGUAUUAAAUUAAAAUACAAGAAAACUGAUUUCAACGUUUUUGAAAAUUCAUCCCCUAAGGUGGUGAAAUAGGGGUUAAAAGUUUGUAUGAAUAUCAAACAAUUUUUCAAGCUAGGAACUUCAAACUUAGUAAAAGGGCAUUAGCAUUAUAUUAAAAGUUUGUAUUAUAAAGUUUGCAUCGAUGAAAAUUAUAGGUAGGUACUCAAGAUGUGAAAUGUUCAAGAUAAGAGUCCACGCGGACGAAGUCGCGGGCAACAGCUAGUUUAUUUAUAUAGAAACGGCUUUAACGUUUUCGAUGUUAGCUAUAUGCGGGUUUUCGGGGCGAUAAAUCGAUCUAGCCAGGUCUUAUCUCUGAGAUAACGCGCAUUUUUGUGUUUACAUAUGUUUUCCGAGCAAAGCUCAGUCUCCCAGAUAUUUAGUUACUUAUGAUACAAAUGCGAAAAAUGCUAUUCGCAUGUGUAUCGUACGUUUUACAGUACUUAUGGCCGGGUGUGUGGCACAGGGAGUAGGGACAAAAGUGGCUGGACAUCACGUUGGGGCUUGCGUUUAGCGGUAAAUGUAUGAACUCGUAAUAAACAUUAAUCAUAAUGCGCCCUUACACAUUGGUU